AUGUGGUGCUUGGAGAAACUCAGCAAGGCUUCAGAGCCAAUCGUGUUGGGAAAAGAAGAAGUUUGCUUCUGGAAUAGAGCCCGGAAGGCAAUGGUUGCUUCUCCCAACAUCUUAACCCCAGACAGGAUUCCAGAAUUCUGCAUCCCAUCCAGACUGAUUAGCUCCCAUUCUGCAAGGGAUCCCAGCUCCCACAUCCAGUCCUAUGCAGAGACCAACCUGUACCCUCAUUGUGAACCUGAUCACAACCCCAGCACACAGCUGCCACAUAUCCUCUCAACUGAAAUUGUUAAUAACUUCAUCUCAGUGGAAGAAAGCACCAACUCAGACCCACAGUCACAGGCAGCACUUUCUCUGCUCCAUUUCCCAAAGGUGCAGACCUCCUAUGGAUUCUGCACUUUGCUGGAAAGUCCCCACACCCGAAGAAAAGAGAGUAUUUUCCACAGUGACCCAUGCAGCUGUUCUAUGUCCUGUCUACUGUUGCUUCCAAGUUCCAGAAUCUGCUACAAAGGAGUAGAUUCCAGCAUCAUCAGCUCUACCGCCACCAGACUCCCUUCUUGGCAUCCACACCUGCCAAGACAAGACACUUAUGACUAUGAUACUGCUUCCUCCUACUCUUUAUUUACAAUCCAGAGCCGAGAGGGACUGCUCUGCAGGGCUUUAAAGGCAGAAAACAAGUCCAGCAUGCUAAGGGAGAACUCCUUAUCCACAGAUGAAGACAGCUCCACAGACAACAGCUCCAAUCCCAAUAGGUGGUCUUUGGCAAGUUUAUGCGAGUGCUCAAGCACACAAAGCUCUUCUGGGUCACAGUCACCCAUCUUUCCCCAGGAUUUUACUAAUGGCAGAGAGAGACUUAGAAAUGCGCAUACAGUAUUUCUUGAUAGAAGAGGAAUCUUGAGACUGUCCUCUGACUACUGUCCUGAAAGCAGAAGGCUUAGACUCUGUCUGAUAAGCGCUGAAGGCUUAUAUGAUGUAUUUAUGGAACCUAAAAGGAUUAAUUGUUGCAUCACAUUCUGUCUUGUGCCAGGGAAAGUUCAGAAACAAAGAAGCACUAUUAUAAAGAGAAGCAGAAAUCCCAUCUUUAAUGAGGACUUCGUCUUUGAUGGUAUUUCUAAGGAUGAUCUUCACAGACGAUCAAUCAAGAUAAAAGCUGUUAAUAAAGCAUCUACUAUGAAGAGAGAUUAUAUUUUAGGUAAAAUUGAAUUGUGCUUAUUGAGUAUGGUGCCUAUCUGAGGGGCACAGGAAAGCAAUAUAAGUCUAGUCUAUUUUGAGCUAGGUAAAUUUACUUUUGAAUAAGAUGUGUAUUUUAUGUGCAGGAGCGGCACCAGAGUUUCUGACGCCCUAGGCAGAAUUCUGGGGGAGGCAUUUUGUCCACUCCCCACGGGGCACGCAGGAGCUUCUGGUUC